AUGGAAAUUCUACAGAAACGAAAGAUUGCAGCACGUUGGGUGCUUCAUUUUUUGUCACCGGAACAGAAGGAUACACGCAAAGACAUCUGCCGUGAACUCCUUUCUCGCUGCGAAAAUGAAAAAGAAACGUUUCUUGAUCGUAUAAUUGCAAUAGAUGAGACUUGGAUCCGUGAUUUUGAGCCGGAAUUAAAAUCUCAAAGCAAUAUUUGGAAGGGAAUAACAUCACCAAGAGCAAAAAAAGUUCGUCGCCAGCAAACAAAGGUGAAACAAAUGAUGAUUUUUGCUUACGAUAAACUUGGGAUAAUUGUCACUGAUCGAGUUCCAAUUGGCAGUAGUGUAACCGGGGAUUACUACAAAACAUUCCUUGCCAAAAAAUUGCGACCAGAAAUCCGUAAAAAGCGACCAGGAAUGUUACAAAAUGGUGUGUCCAUAUUGCACGAUAAUGCGCGGCCGCAUAUCNGUAUUCGCCGGAUUUAA